AUGCAGGAACCAGAACCAGCCGAAGCCCCCCUCAGAAAUGAGGUCGUCCAGAACAGCGGCGAGGUGACCGGCAGCAUCCCUCUGCACCCCGAGGCGCCGAUUGCGCAGGCGAAUGUACGGCGCAGGCGCUUGGCGGGGGAGCAAGCGGCUGCGGUGGAGGCGCUUGGCACCUCGCUGGGGCCUGAAAUUUCUCUAGGGGGACCAGUCAUGGCUGAGGGUCGUCUGGGGGAUCCCUCUCUCGGCGAGCGGGUCAGCGACGCGGCCGGGCAGUCAGUGGGGCAGCAGGAGAGUGCACCGGACGAGGGAGAAGAGACAGGGGGAGUUGGCGGACUGCAAGAGGGGGGGGAGCAUGAUUGGGAUGGUGUGGGAGGCGACGGGCCCAUCGGCGGUGCUCGACGGUGGGGACUCAUCUCGGGCGCUAGAAGGGGCCAGCGGCGCAGUCGGAAAAGUGGUGAGAGGGGGCCGGUGAGUGACUCGCUGACGUCAGCAGGAGGGCCCCCCGAUUUCGCGGGCGCAGAAGGGCCUGUGAGACAAUCGAAACAGGGGCCACCGGGAGUCGGCCAGGACGUGCGAGGAAAGAACAAGUCACUUGCUGAGAUUGAAAAGCUGCCCGACGAUAGUGCGGGGCAGGCUGAGGGGUCAGUUUUUACUGAAGAGAAGCAGUGCGCCGAGUGCAGGACGACGAAGUACAGCAAAAGAAGGCGGUGGCCCCAGGGGUCUCCCGGGCGCGAACAGGAAGGCGGGAAGCGGAAGCCCAAGAGAGCCUUGUUCAACGAACCAGAGCGCCCCCGGAAGAAACGGCACGCUUCGGCUGCGGAAGCGGAGGUUUACGGAGUUCCCCUGGACAGCACGCUCGUGAACAGGCGGGUGGAAAUCUGGUGGCCUCUUGACGAAAGGUACUACGCCGGGCGGGUCACCCAGUUUGUGAGCGGCAACAAGCGGCAUGAGGUAUUGCAAAUACUCUAUGACGACGGAGACCUAGAGACAGUAAAAUUCGCAAAGGAGCGCUGGAAGCUCGUAGAGGAGGAGGACAAGAACGAGAGCGGAGAAAAGAGCAAGGUGGAGGAAGAGGGGUCACAGAAAACGGAAUACUUCAGAGGUGAGGCUGAGGGGGAGGGGGAGCCCAACGGACAAGGGCGUAACAAUGAGGUCACGGCGCUCGCGCAGACAGUGCUGGGGCCGGGUCACGCAGUCGCUUCCUCGAAGAGGAUCAAGGUGACUCCCAAGCGGCCGCGCGAAAACGGCCAAACUACUGCGGGGACGAAGAAGAAGAAGAGCCGGCGCGGAGAGGGUGAUCGAGGGGGGCCUCCAAAGAGCGCCGGUUCGGCAGGGGGGGAGGCAAAGCUAGUCACAUUUACGGAUGGGGGGGGCGGCGACACGCUUGGGCCUGGGCCUGUGGGACCACCUCCUGCGGAACAUCUGGAGAUCUUGCGCCACAUUUUUGAAAUGACGUCUGAGAUGGAGAGGGACGGAUGCUCGAGCGGCGGGACAGUGGGCGGUCAGAGACCACGCAGCGGCAAAGGGGCGGGAGAGCGAGAGAAUGGCGAAGUUGAGGCUGUCGCGAGGGCGACGGAAAAGCGACUUGGCGCUGCGGAGCGUGAGGCCGCUGGUGGAGAAGCUGGGCCGGAGACGCUGUCUUCCGAGGAGCUGCCCUCCGCAAGCCUGCGCGUAGAGAGUGUUAUUGAGUCAGGAAAGAUCCGAAUCCCGAUGUGCACAGGACGAGAGAUCACUUCUAGGAGGCGCAAGUGCACUUCGCGCCCUCCAAUCGCUCCGACUGCCCCCGACAUGAAGCGCCCAGCCCAAUUUUUUCGGGUGCAGCGAAUCUUCGGGUCAUUCCUGAAGAAGUAG